AUGGAGGGAGCCUUUACCCACCUUGGGAACCAUCUCGUAAAUGAUUCAACUGCCGCAAUCAAGGCUGGCGCCGACGACUUUGCCGGUAUCGACCCCGACGAAAGCCUUCUCUACGGGAAGUUCGGCGGCCGCGGUGGUCGCCGCCGCGCCGAUGACGAUGACAACCAAACGGAGCUCUACGACGAUGACGAUAAUGACAGUCUGACCAGCAUGCCUGUCGGGGCUAUGAAGGAUCUGAACAUCGGCAGACCUCAGGAGGAAGAUAGAGAGCUUCCUCCCCACGCCUGCGCGUACUGCGGAAUCCACUCACCGAGCUCCGUCGUCAAGUGCCUUGGCUGCAACAAGUGGUUCUGCAGCGCUCGAGGAAAUGCGACAUCUUCCCACAUAGUGAACCAUCUGGUUAGAGCUAGACAUAAGGAGGUUCAACUUCACCCGGAGUCGACCCUGGGUGAUACUGUGCUCGAAUGCUACAACUGCGGAACCAAGAACGUCUUCCUUCUGGGUUUCAUCCCUGCCAAAUCGGAUACUGUCGUCGUCCUUCUCUGCCGUCAACCUUGCGCCGCCAAUACCUCCUCCAAGGACAUGAGCUGGGACACCUCGAGAUGGCAACCUCUGAUUGAGGAGCGAGCCUUCCUGACUUGGCUAGUCGCGACCCCCUCCGAUGCCGAGCAGCUGCGCGCACGACAUCUGACUCCCCCCAUGAUUGCCAGGCUGGAGGAAAUGUGGAAGGACAACUCAACCGCGACUGUUGCCGAUCUCGAAAAAGCGAACAGCAUCGAUGAUGACCCGCACCCGGUUCUCCUCAAAUAUGACGACCCUUACCACUACCAGAACAUCUUCGGCCCCUUGGUCAAGAUGGAGUCUGACUACGACAAGAAACUCAAGGAGGCGCAGUCUGAGGAUGGCUUGACCGUUCGCUGGGAUUACGGUCUUAACAACAAGCACCUUGUCAGCUUCGAGCUUCACAAGAUAGAGUCCGGUGAUGUCAAGCUUGCGGUGGGCGACGAAAUGCGACUGCGAUACAAGGGAGAGCUCCGUCCCGCUUGGGAGGGUGUUGGAUAUGUCAUCAAGAUUCCCAACAACCAAUCCGAUGAGGUCACUCUGGAGCUGCGAAAGGCCGGUAACGAGAAAUCUGUUCCGAUCGACUGCACCCACAACUUCUCGGCGGAUUACGUCUGGAAGGCUACCUCUUACGACCGCAUGCAGUAUGCGAUGAAGACCUUUGCUGUCGACGACAUGAGUGUUUCUGGAUACAUCUUCCAUAAGCUGCUUGGUCAUGAUGUCGCGGUUGCGCCGCAAAAGGCAGUCAUGCCUAAGAAGUUUAGUGUGCCCGGCCUUCCCGACCUCAACACCAGCCAGAUCGCCGCCAUCAAAGCCGUCCUGUCAACCCCUCUCAGCUUGAUCCAAGGCCCUCCCGGAACUGGCAAGACCGUCACCUCGGCCACCAUCAUCUACCACUUGUGCAAGAUGAACAAUGGGCAGGUUCUUGUUUGCGCGCCAUCGAACGUCGCCGUUGACCAGCUCUGCGAGCGUAUCCAUCGCACCGGUCUGAAGGUUGUGCGCCUCACGGCCAAGUCUCGUGAGGAUGUCGAAUCAUCUGUAAGCUUCCUGGCCCUCCACGAGCAGGUCCGUAUGAACGACAGCAACGGAGAGCUGGUGAAGCUUGCGCAGCUCAAGAGCGAAUUGGGCGAGUUGUCCAGCCAGGAUGAGAAGAAGUUCAAGCAGCUCACAAAGGCGGCCGAGAGAGACAUCUUGCACAACGCGGAUGUCGUCUGCUGCACUUGUGUUGGUGCUGGUGAUCCUCGUCUCUCGAAGAUGAAGUUCCGCAACGUUCUGAUCGACGAGUCUACCCAGUCGGCCGAGCCGGAGUGCAUGAUUCCUCUUGUUCUGGGCUGCAAACAGGUUGUCCUGGUCGGCGAUCACAAGCAACUGGGCCCUGUCAUCAUGAACAAGAAGGCUGCGAAGGCUGGUCUGAACCAGUCCCUCUUCGAGCGUCUCGUCAACCUGCGCUUGGUUCCCAUUCGCCUCAACAUCCAGUACCGCAUGCAUCCUUGCUUGUCCGAGUUCCCCUCCAACAUGUUCUACGACGGAUCGCUUCAAAACGGUGUUACGGUCAAGGAGCGCCUCCGCCGUGACGUUGAUUUCCCUUGGCCUGUUGCUGACAUGCCGAUGAUGUUCUGGUCCAACCUUGGCAACGAGGAAAUUUCAGCAUCUGGAACGUCUUAUCUCAACCGCACAGAGGCUUCCAACGUUGAGAAAGUUGUCACGCGCUUUUUCAAGGCUGGCGUCAAACCAUUGGACAUUGGUGUCAUCACCCCGUACGAGGGUCAGCGAAGCUACAUUGUUAGCACCAUGCAGAACACUGGCACUUUCAAGAAGGAGAGCUACAAGGAGGUCGAAGUCGCAUCCGUCGACGCUUUCCAGGGUCGUGAGAAGGAUUUCAUCGUCUUGUCUUGUGUGCGAUCCAAUGACAAUCAGGGCAUCGGUUUCCUUUCAGACCCGCGUCGUCUCAACGUCGCCUUGACUCGUGCCAAGUAUGGUCUCGUCAUUAUCGGCAACCCCAAGGUCCUUUCCAAGCACGAGCUCUGGCAUCACCUUCUGGUCCACUUCAAGGACCGGAAGUGCUUGGUCGAGGGACCUCUGACCAACCUGCAGACCUCCCUUUUGCAGUUUGGCAAGCCUAGAACCGCCUAUCGCCAGAAGAUGAGCCAGCCUCCUCAAUUCAACGCCGGUGCAGUUCCCAACGGCAACCGCUUCAACGGCGGUGGCUCAACCCGCGAUUUCGACUCUGGGUCGAUGAUGUCUUACAUCCCUGAUGAUGUUUCGUCUAUUCACAGUUCCUUGGGUGGCGCUGGCCUUACCACGUACCCUCCCAUCUUCUCAAGCUUUACCCCUGAGCAAUGGCCCGGCCUGCCCGGAGUGCCUCAAGCUGGCCGUUCUAGCAACAAGAGAGGCGGACGUGCUACCGAAAGCAUUGCCGGCGAGAGUGUCGCCAACUCCGAGUACACCGACGCCAGCGCCAGCGUUAUCGGCGCCAAGGGUGUUGGACAGGGCGGUGUCAGCUUGGGCGCCGGUCUUCAGGAUGCCAUUCACGGUAUGCGGCCGGCUUCCUACAGCCAUAGCGAUCGUCUCAAACAAUACGUCGAGAGUGGCGGACGAAUGGGGACCGGCAAUGGCUACGGCCGUCGAUAUGACGACGACGAGAAGAGCGUUAGCACCGCCUUCCACAGCCAAAUCGGAGGCGGCUUCGACUGA